AUGUGCGGCACCAAGAUCAGCUACGCCUGCUCGACCACCCUCAUGUCGCAGUCCACCACGUGCGGCUGCGAUAGGGUGGUGGCCUGCGGCAAGAGCACCCUCUACUGCGGGACCUGCAGCCACCCUCGCUGCAGGGAGCUGCGAGGCGAGGUC